AUGUCUCGCAACCAGCCACCGGACAAAACGAUUGGCGACGGGAAUAUUGAGGCCAUCCAUCCGAUCCCCAACUCAAGCGCCGGUUCUGCACCCAGUGUGAAAUGCAAUAGGACGUGCUGCAGAAUAAGCGGCGAGAACUGGUUUCGCUACCAUCACCGGCUGACGAAUUACCCAAAUGGGCCAGCCCUGGACACUCUGUUCUUCCGCGGCAAUGGCGCGUGGGCUGAGCUGGUGGCAAGAAUCCAGGCCACCGCCGAAAUGCUCGAACACUAUGACGGCCUCGCGUGCUGGCAUGAUCUGAGCCUCGGCGUUCGCGAGAAACUGGAGUCGUGGUCCCCAAUGGCUAAGGAGCUUUGGAAGUCCGACUUUUCCAGACACCAAGAAGCUCUUGUCAAAGUCUGGAUAUGGCGCUAUGUCGAGAGAGCCCUUUUCUUUUUCUCAAGCAACACCGCAUCGCCCGACGGCGACGUCGCGUGCUGCUCCCCAGUGUGGGAGCGCGUACGAACCCAUGCUAGGGAUUUGCAACCUGUGCGUACUAUCACGGACGACGCCUUACGCAAACAUAUCUGCCGCGUCCAGUUCAACGAAUGGCGUCGCAUAACCGACCAUCUUGUCCGGAUGGGCUUAGGACAGAAAGAGUUUGCCACGGCGGCGGUCCUAAUGGCGCACUGCAAAACAUCCAUCCGUCAGCUCCUUGUCGAUGGCGAAACUAGGCUCCCAAACCUGGUUCAUGAUGCGGACUGGAAGGCCAAGGGCGACGAGCACGACGAAGCAGACGUCAUAAGCCACCAUCUCAAGAUGGUGCUCCAUUAUGCGCUCCGGGUGCAGCACUGCUUCCAUAGCCUGGAAAUGACCUGCAGUCUCCGACUCACCCCUAUCGACUCGGAUAAGCUUUGGGGCUUCCCGUUCGACGAAGGACAGAUGAAGUUGUUUAACCCUCCGGAGCUUCGACGUCCGCGGGACGAUAAGGAGCUGCCAUCAGUGCAGCUUGUCUGUGAUCCCAUGUUGGUGGACAUCGGACUCCAUGACAAGGGCAACGGCAAGGUCCUCACUCAGCACGCUCCGAUGUCUGUCGUGACACCCUGGGUCUACGCCGGGAACGAGGCCGAGAAGUACACACGGGACCACUUCAAGGAGGACGUGGAACGACGCCGUGCCAAGAGGUAUCAGCGAGAGGUCAGGAGGGAGGCGGGGCUGCCGGCCGAAGAGGAGAUCAAGGGGGGUCGGAGACGGGGGAAGACGGCCAGGGUCAGAAAACUCGAGAAGCAAAAGGUGGAAGCGCUGCGGAAGAUGGCGAACGACUUACUGGCCGAGCAAGAGAAGAAGGCGAAAGAGUUACGGGACGAGCAGAAAAAGGAGGCAGAAGCACUCCGGGCCAAGCAGCAGAGGAAGGCGAAAGAGCUAUGGGCUAAACAGCAGGCCGAGAUGAAUAAAGCAACCUCACUAUGGCUCGAUUGA